AUGAUGGUUGGGGAUGACUCACAAUGUCUGUACCACCACACCCAAGUUAUGGCGGCGGCGGUGGUGGUGGUGGGGUUUUUUCUAGAUGGAAUGUCGACAACACCGAUACUGCAUGUUAAAGAAAUCACGAGCGAAUGUACCGCCUGUAUGUGUCACACCCAUCAUGAAUUUGAAGUUGGAAUUGCUUUUGGUGGCUUUACAGUACGUUUAGAAUAUUGCACUGUAUGGCCGCUGGUUCCUGCGUUCGAGUGGAACAAACGCGCAGUACACGAGCAGUACGAUAAAACAAUCGCGGGAGUUGUCAUGGGUGGACGUCCCCGAGCCCGGGCAUGCGACGAUCCUCUAAAGGAGACCUCCGCAACGUUUCAAGUCAGCAACUAA